AUGGUCGCCGACGCUGUAGUCUACCACCCCUCCCUCGCCCACUUGCUGCGCUUCUUCGACACCACCAUCGGCCGCGACAAGCUGAUGCGUCUGGUGCAGUACUUUGCCCGCUUCUACGCCGCCUUCCUCAUCCGCUCCGCCGACGCAGGCAAAAUCAAAGACGCAGACAAAUGGCGCUCGCUCAUGUCCCUCUUCUCCACCUCCCGCAAGAUCAUCCGCGUCGGAAAACCCCUGCAGCACCUCAAAGCCGCCGCGACCGCGUACGAUAACAAGACCGCCGACGCGUUCCUGCGCUACGCCGCCGUCGGCCGCCAGCUCUGCUACGCCGCCUAUCUCACCUUCGACACCGCCAUCCUCGCGCACUCGACAAAGCUCAUCACGCUCCGCAACCCGCAGCUCACGCAGAAGCUCUACUACCGCCUCUGGCUCGCCGGCAUCACCUUCUCGGUCGCGUCCGGCGUCUACAAGCACGUCGGCCUCAACCAGCGCGAGGCCGUUCUCUCCAACGCGGCAGAGAAGGACAUCGUCGCCGUCAAGAAGGUCCGCGCUGAGAAGAAGAAGACGUCGACGCAGUUCGCGCUCGAUGUGCUCGACAGCACGAUCCCGAUCAGCGGCCUUGCGCUGCUGCCAAUAGACGACGGAACCGUUGGUCUCGCGGGUAUGCUGUCUAGUGUCAUUGGUGCGGCCGAGCAGUGGAAGGUCACCGCUUGA